AUGCUUUCCGCCGGAGAACGGCCUCAACCAUCGGUUACUCCCGCCCUCAUUCCUGCUUCCAUGCCCAUCCAACCCAAUGCUGGAUCUUCCGCCAUGCCUUCCGCCCUCAACUCCCAGAAUUCGCUGAACUCGACACCCACCCAGCACAUCUGGGUUGUUACCGGUCCCGCAGGCUGUGGCAAAAGCACAGUCGGCCAGGCGCUGCGCAAGGACCUGGGACUGUCCUUCUUAGAAGGCGAUGAUUAUCACCCAAAAGCCAACAAAGAGAAAAUGGGCAACGGUGUCCCUCUCACCGACGCGGACCGCUGGGACUGGCUCAUCUCUUUGCGCCAGGCUGCCAUCGACGCUCUCUCCCCCUCCGAAUCCAAUAACUUCCACCCGCCCGCCGGUGUCGUCGUUGCCUGCUCCGCCCUCAAGAAGAAGUACCGCGACGUCAUGCGCGUUGCCGCCUAUGGGUCGCCCUCUGUCCAGAUUCACUUCGUUUACCUGAAGCUGAGCGAGGAGGUCCUCAUGCAGCGGACCACCCAGCGUCAGGGCCACUAUAUGAAGAGUGAUAUGGUUCGCUCGCAGCUGCAGGCCCUGGAGGAGCCUAAGGGCGAGUGGGAUGCUAUCACUAUCAACGUGGAGGGCUCGCAGCAGCAAGUGGAGGAUAAUGUGCUCAAGUCGGUCCAUGCGAAACUCUCCGAGCUGAAGUGA